UGCUGUUAUCGAUAACGAUUCUGCAAAGUGAUAAGUAGAUGCCACGUCUUUUUAUUUUUUUUUUGACUAAACGGCAGUUUUUAUAAUAAAAAUUUGUAAAAAAUGGCACCACCACAGAAGGGUAAACAGGCCACAAAGGGCGCUAAACAAAUCGUCGAGGGGAACAAGUCAACUUUAGCAUUUUAUCGAAACAUGGCCAUUGGCUGUGCAGCGCCCGCCGUCUUAUUGAGUUUUUUGGUGUUCGAAUUCACAAAGCUCACCGUGUUCAUGGUGACCCUAGCGCUACUCAUCUUGGGUGCUGCCUACCAAUUCAUGGUAUUCAUGUCCCGUGCAAAGUACUCUGAAAGCGGCGCCUUGCUAGACUCUGGCAAUGACUUAGACAUGGAGGGCGGCAUUGCGGAACAUGUCAAGGAUUUGAUUAUACUUACGUCGGGUACGCUGUUAUUGUCCCUGAUUUCCAAUUACUUUUGGAUGGUUUUGCUGCUGGCACCAAUCCGUGCUGCUUGGAUGCUCUGGGGCGCUGUUAUCCAGCCCUGGCUAUCGUCACGCAAUGCCGCCGAGGAGCCCGAAGUAGACGAAAAGAAGCAACGCAAAUUGGAUCGCAAAAUGCGCCGCAUGAGAUAAGAGAUAAGAGGACGUGAUUCGUGGAUUGGGUUAUUCAGGUUGCUGCAUUCAAAUUAUCCUCCUCCUCUGGUUUUAAGCUAAACAUACAAUUCAUAAUCUUACGAGGCUGCUUGAAUAGGUUACGUCUAUUUUUAAAAUGAGAUUUUUACGCUUAGUUACGCUUGGUCAUUAGUCGGCCACAGUGAAAAAAGAGAUGUUUGUGUGCCGGGUAUCCGAAUUAGUUGUUUUCCAGAUUAAAUCGAGACAAUGAAAAUGCAA